AUUGAUAGUUAACCCAAAGAUCAUUAGGGUACUCUUCUCCAGAGAAGUAAAGUCUCAACUCUCGCAGACUCUGCCUUCAGAUUUCACUUUGUUGAGUUGCGAGCAGAGGAAGGAAUCCGCAGAGGAAAAAAAUGCUGUUCUUCUCUUACUUCAAGGAUUUGGUUGGACAAGAAGUGACGGUUGAGCUGAAGAACGAUUUAGCGAUAAGAGGGACUCUUCAUUCAGUGGAUCAGUAUCUGAAUAUCAAGCUCGAGAACACUAGGGUUGUUGAUCAAGACAAAUACCCUCACAUGCUUUCGGUGAGAAACUGUUUCAUCAGAGGAUCAGUGGUAAGGUACGUGCAGUUACCUCCUGAUGGAGUCGAUGUUGAUUUACUUCACGAUGCCGCUAGAAGAGAAGCUAGAGGUGGAUGAUUGCGCCAAACAGUUGUAUCUCCAAACAUAAAUCUGUUUGAUUAACAAGACUUGAUACUUUUUUUUUUUUUUUUCAUUUUUCGUGUAAUGGCUUGAUCUGGUUCCAUUAUAUUUUAUGAAAAGAUUAUCUGUCCCGUUUUCUUUUAACUCUUUGAUGAAUUUUGUUUUUUCAAAGAAAUGCCUUUAUUCAGUCCUUA